GCGGCAGUUGGGUUGCUUCAUCGCUUCACUGGUUGCCCGCGGAGGAGCCAUCGCUUCCCUGUCGCUCUGCAGAGGCCUCGGGGAUGGCUGAUGAAGGAGCCGUGACGGUCUGCGUGCGUGUGCGCCCGCUGAUCGCCAGGGAAAAUGCUUUAGAAGAUAAAGUGUCGCUCCACUGGAAAAGUGAAAAUAAUACAAUUUCCGAAGUGAACGGGACAAAAGUAUUCAGUUAUGAUCAUGUGUUUCACUCAAAUGACAGCACUCAGCAGUUAUAUGAAGGUGUAGCUGUUCCAAUUAUACAGUCAGCUGUGCAAGGGUAUAAUGGCACAAUUUUUGCUUAUGGACAGACGGCUUCAGGGAAGACAUACACAAUGAUGGGAAAUGAAGAUUCUGUAGGCAUUAUCCCUAAGGCAAUUCAACAUGUUUUCAGAGUUAUCUGUGAGAUUCCAGAUAGAGAAUUCUUGCUAAGGGUUUCUUACAUGGAAAUCUACAAUGAAACCAUUACAGAUUUGCUUUGUGAUAAAAGGAAAAAGAAGCCUCUUGGAAUUCGCGAGGAUGUUAGUAGGAAUACAUAUGUAGAAGAUCUCAUUGAAGAGGUUGUGGUUGCCCCAGAACAAGUAAUGGAAUGGAUCAGAAAAGGAGAAAAAAAUCGCCAUUACGGAGAAACAAAAAUGAAUGAACACAGCAGCCGUUCUCACACUAUCUUCAGAAUGAUCAUUGAAAGUAGAGAACGAAGUGACCUUGCAAAUGCAAACUGUGAUGGAGCAGUGAUGGUAUCCCACUUGAAUUUGGUAGAUCUGGCAGGCAGUGAAAGAGCUAGUCAAACAGGAUCUGAAGGUGUGCGACUGAAAGAAGGCUGCAAUAUAAACCGGAGCUUGUUCAUUCUGGGCCAGGUUAUCAAAAAACUUUGUGAUGACCCUUCUGGCUUCAUAAAUUACAGAGACAGCAAGCUGACUCGAAUUCUGCAGAACUCCCUUGGAGGAAAUGCUAAGACGGUCAUUAUUUGUACAAUUACUCCUGUUUCUUUUGAUGAAACUCUCAGUACCCUUCAGUUUGCCAAUACAGCCAAAAGAAUGAAGAAUACUCCAAAAGUCAAUGAAGUACUUGAUGAUGAUGCCCUCCUGAAGAGAUAUCGCAAAGAAAUUCUGGAUUUGAAAAAGCAGCUGGAGGAAGUGUCUUCAAAGACUCAAAUUCAUGCAAUGGAAAAAGACCAACUGGCCCAGCUGCUGGAAGAAAAAAAUUCUCUUCAAAAAGUGCAGGAAGAUAGGAUAAGAAACUUAACUGAGAUGCUGGUGACUUCUGCCUCCUUUUCCUCAAAACAGAAUGCUAAAGCCAAGAGAAAGAGAAGAGUUACUUGGGCUCCUGGUAAAAUAAACCAGGCAAAUGUGAGCUAUUUUGAAGACUUUGAAAAACCAAGGCUGAGUGAAACAAAAAAAAUUAAAACGUCUCUGUCAUCAGUAGCAGAUGUGGAGGAUUCAUUGUUAGAGAAUUCUGUACAUGACAACCAAUGUCUAAUGGUUCCUGAUCAAAUUUCAGAUGUAGAAUGGACUGCUGGACCUAAUGUGAAUUGGACUCAGAGACACUUUGAAGAAUCUGUAGAACUCUGUGAAGCAUUAGCACUAGAAAAGGAUGUUGCUUUAAAUGAGAUCAAUGUCCUGCAAGCAAACUUUAACAACCUAGUAUUGGAAAAUGAGCAGUUGAAAUCAGAAAUAAAUGAAUUGAAGGAGAAACUCAAUGAAAAAGUAGAAUUGGAUGAAUUUGAAGCACUGGAAAACCAAACACUAAAAGUUCAUGAGAUACAACUAAUGCAUGAAAUUACCACAUUAAAGAGUCUAGUUUCAAAUGCUGAAGUGUACAAUGAGGAACUUGAGGCAGAAAUGAAGUCCAAAUUGGAACUGCUGAAAGAGAAAGAGAACAAAAUAAACGCAUUACAAAAACGUGUGGAAGAAUUACAAAAAGCAGGAGCAGAAAAGGACACAUCUUUUUCAGUGAGAGAUUCUGAUAAGCUAAUUGAGGAAAUUCAGCAGCUGAAUAAAUCUCUCUUAGAUAGUGAAAACAUAGCCUUGGAUGCCAAAAAGGAAUCUGCUUUUCUCAGAACUGAAAACUUGGAGCUGAAGGAAAAGAUGAAUGAACUUUCAAAGAAUUACAAGCAAAUGCAGAAGGAUGUUGAAGUCUAUCAAAGCCAAAUAGAAGCAGGAAAAGCCAGCUACAAAAAAAUGCAAGCUGACUUGCAGAAAGAGUUGCAGUCUGUAUUUCAAGAAAACACCAGGCUAACUUUGUUGAUGGAGGGUAAAGUUCCAAAAGAUCUGUGCUCCCUUGAGGAGCUGGAAAAAAAGGCAGCUGACUUAAAAGGAGAACUAGAAAAAGCAUUGAAAGAGAAUGCACUUUUACAAAAACAAGUAAAUGAGCUAUCAGAAUUUCAGUCUCUACCAAAUACUGUUGAGAUACAGCAGAAAGAGAUUCUUGAGAAAUGUGAGGAGCUACGCUUAUUAAAAUCAGAAAGAGAAAAGCUGCUUUCCGAAGUAGCUGAUAAUGAAAGUAGACUUAAACAUAUGACUGAAGAAAUUGGAAAAUCAAAAGAUGAUCUAGCAACUGCACAACUUAAAUAUGUAAAGUCUGAUCAGGAAUAUGUAGCACUUAAACAGCUCCAUGAAGAACUAGAGCAAAAAUACAUAGCUGCAUCAGAAAACAAUAAACACAUGAAGCUCCAAAUAGAUACUCUAUCUAAAGAAGCUCAAGAGUCUAAAGCAAUUUUGGAUGACGUGAAGUUAGAGCUCUCUAGCAAAGUGAAAGAACUGGAAGAAAAGACAGCAGAGCACAAACAACUUCUUGAGGUAAGAGAAGAUUUUAUUCAGACUCAGCAGAAGUUGAAUGAAAUGGAGCAAUUAAAAAAGCAAGAAAAGAUUAUGGAGUUGAAACUGGAAGCCAAGGAUUCAGAGAUCCAGGCAGUUCUUCAGCAGCUUACUGAAUGUCAGGAAGAAAUAAAAAUGCUAACCCAGGAAAGAGAUGACCUGAAGCAAAAAGAGGAGUCUCUCCAAGCUGAGACACACCAACUCAAAGAGGAUAUCAAGGACACUGUUUCAAUGAACAUUCUAGCACAGGAAGAACUGAGAAAUACACAGAGUGUUCUCAAGCAAUCUCAGGACACUGUCAAGAAUCUGGAAAAAAAUAUUUCUGAAAAACAAUCCCAAAUUCUGAGUGUUGAAGAGACGCUAGGGAAAACCAUUAAAGAACUUGAAAUACAGAUAUUGCAAAUGACGGAAGAAAUAAAAAUCAUCACAUCAGAAAGAGACCAGCUUGCUGAGGAAAAGUUGGUAAAUAACCAUAGAGAAAGUGAUAAGCUUCAGGUGCAAAAGGAACAAAUACUUGUCCUUACACAAGAGAACAAUUCAUUGCGUGAGAAACUGGACAGCUUACAUCUGAAACAAGAAGGGGAAGAAACUUUGAUACCACAGAUUCAAGAAAAACCUAUUGAGCAAGAAUUGCUUCUUCUGAGAGAAGAGCUGAGCCAAGCACAAAAGAAACUGCGUGAAAUGGAGGAAGCAAAGACCAAUGAAUGUCCAAGCGAAUCCGAACAAAUGGGGAGAACAGAUUUGAUUCCAAAACUGCAUGAGUGUCAGGAAGUGAGCAUUCUAUCAGAAAGAGAUAAUCUUAAAAUGCAACUAGAGAAUCUCCAAAAGGAGUGUGACCAGCUAAGAGAAACUAUACAGCAGACAACUAGUAUGAAUUCGGAGAUGCAGGAAGAAUUGAGAUGUGCUCAAAACUCUAUUGUGGACUUGAAAGAAAGUCUUUCAGAGAAAGAAAAUCAACUCUUGAAAGCGCAAGAGGUGUUGAAGGAAACAACUGAUGAACUCCAGCAGAAGCUCACCGAAGUAACUGGACACCUGACCAGUGUUUCUUCUGAAUAUGUCAAGCUACAGGCAGAAAAAGAACAAAUUGAAAGAACAAUGAAUGAACAUUUCUGUCAGCAGCUUGAGAAAAUCAAUCAGGAGAAAGAUGAGCUGCAGAAAAUAGUAGAGACUUGUAAAGCAGAAAGAGAUCAGUUAGAAGCUGACUGUUGCGAAAGCAAGGAGAGAAUUAUUGAAACUGAAAAAGAAUUGAAGUGGCAGCAAGAACUCCUCACCAAUGAGAAGAUCAAAGCUGAAGAAAGGGAGGAACAUUUGUCAAAGUUUCAGAGGCGGUCAGAGAUUGUGGAGGACUGCCUAACAAGCAAGCUUCAACAGUUAACUGAGAUGCUAAACAGCAUAUCAUGUGAAAAAGACCAGUUAUUGGCUGAAAGGACUAGUCACUCUUCCCAACUUAAAGAGGAAAUCUCAGUAAUUAAUCAAGAAAAAGAUGAGCUACAAAAACUUCUCCAGGAUGUCACGUCUGAGCGGGACCAGCUCAAGGAAGAACUGCAAAAAAAUUCUGAGAAGUGUGCUGAAACAAAUGCAAAACUGGAAUGUGCUCUAGACCAACUGAAGCAGCGAAACCUGAAUGAUAUGUCCAUUCAGGUGAGCCUGGAUAAUGCAGAGCAGAUGGUUGAUGACAGACUCAAGGAAACGAACUUCAAAAUUAUGGAGCUUCUGGAGAAAUUCCCAACUAUGGGGCAGAGGUAUGAACGUCUCUCUACAGUGUCACUUAAUCUAAAGAAUGAACUGAAUAGUCAGAAGGCAGUGAUAGCUGUGAUAGAGACUCAGCUUUCAUCGGAGCAGAGUAAACAAGUCAAAAUACUUCAAACUAUAAACGAGAAAAUUAACAGAAAUCUCCAGAGUUUAUUGAACAAACUGAAGUUUCUGUUUAGUCGUGUUUGCUCAAAGAAAAGAGACUAUUAUGCUACUGUUAACAAAUAUGAAAUGGAAUUGCUUGAGGAAAAGAGAAAACAAGAUCAGCUACGAGCUCAGAUUCAGUACCUAAGAAAGAUCUAUUUCAACCAGAAUGAAGCAUCUUCUCAAGAGUUAAACAUCAGUGAAGUGCUGCAGAGUUUGCACUUGGAGGCAGAGAGCAUUCUCAAAGAUGUAUCAGAAAUGGAAAGUGAACUUCUCUGCAUAGAGGCAGAGUUACAGCAGGAAGAAAGUGCUAGAAAAGAAACUACACAGUUUUGGGAAGCUUGUUCAGGAGCUCACUGCAAUGCUGAGGAACUUAAAGAAGAGUUAAGGAAAGAUAGUGAAAGGCUCUCGCAAGUCAUUAACUUCUGGAAUCCUAAAGUAAAGAUACUCCUUCAACUUUCAUCAGAGCUGGAUGCCAGAACUGCCAGUUAUUGUCAAAAUGCUGAUAUUGAAUCAAAACAGAGAAAAGAGAAAAGUGAAGAAUUGCUUCAGGAACUAAACACUCUUAAAGAACAACAGGCCCCUGGUGGCUCUGCCAGUCAUGUGUUAGAAGAAGAAAACUACAGGCUUCAUAACAAAUUACAGGCUGCAGAACAAGAUGUGAAGGCUAUGGAAGUAAAAAUUCAGGAACUGGAAAAUGUAAUAAAAGAAGUAGGAAAAAAUCUUGAAGAGAAAGAUGACACUAUAAACAAGUUACAAGCACAGAUAAGAAUUAAAACUGAGACAAGUGAGCUCAGCCAACUGCAAGACAAAUUGAAUGAGAUGGAGAAGUGCCUCAAAACUGCCUUGACAGAGAAUCAGAGUCUUGAGGCAAAAUUAGAUAAAGGUGCUGAGUUGUAUAAAGAAGAAAUUGACAAUCUCAAAACACAGUUGGUAAAAUGUGAUAUGGAAAGAAUGAAACAAUCCAAAUCUUUUGAUACAAAACUUCAUAAUUAUAAAGCUCUUGCAGAACACCAAGAACAACAGUUAACAAAGCUAAAAGAAGAACUUAGAAGAGCACAUCAAGAGCAUGAUGUUACUGUGGUGCCAGAAAAAGAAGCUCCUCAGCAAUCCCAAAUGCCUAUUACUUGUGGUGGUGGCAGUGGUAUUGUGCAGAGCACACAAAUACUUAUUCUAAAAUCUGAACGAGUGAGACUACAGAAAGAGAACUCACACCUGAAGAAACAACUUGAUAUUCUACAAAGUAAUGAGCUUCAACUGAAAGACGAAGUUAGAAAAUGGAAAGAAAGAGCACUAAAAAAGAAAGACAGACGCUCGAGAGAAAAUGCUCGAGAGAUGAUACCAAGUUCCCCAAGGAAGACAGUGUCAUAUUCCCUUAAAGAGGAAAUGCCUUCACCUGCAAAGGAACCUGUUUCUCAGGAGGCUGUGACUCAGGACACAGUGAAGACUCUGCCACCAUCUUCUGUAACAAAUUUCUUUGAUAAUUCCAGCUUGGAUACACUUACAGAUACACAGCCUGCGGGAACAGAGCCCACAGAAGAACAUCUUAAGCACUGGUUUGGAACUUCAGAGAAAGACAAAGCCCCUGAUUGUAUCACCCAAUAACGGUGCUCUACUGUAAGCUCUUUGCUGUGGCUACAGCCAGAACCUGCAUAUAUGAAAGAGAAGUACUUCAGGUCAAAAGCCAUCAGCCUCUCAAAUUGUGAGAAAAGCCCUGGCAUACAGAUCCCUUGCUGUCUUGGAACUGCUACUUCCCACAAUUGGAAAAGCAGUCAUGUUGCCCACAAACUGCUGAUCUGAUGAUGUUCUGCUUUGGUGGUUUGUUUCUUUCCUGGAUGGCAAAGAAGGAAACGCCAAUGUAUUGAAGAAAAGGAAAUGAGAAUGGAACAUUAAUCUACUGUGAAACUUCUCAGUCAUGAACUUCAUUCUAUUAUUCCUAAACCAGCCCUCUUCCUGGGUGGGCAAUACUUGUAUCUACAGAGUGCUGUUGAGUUGGAAAGAACUAUGCUUUUUAUUUCUCAGCAUACGGUUUUCAUACCAUGCUUUCUCUAAGUCCACAAAAAGCGCAUUUUCACCACACUAUUAACCUCUCUAUCUGGACACUGCACCUGAAGUUACUAAUUUUCUGUUUAUAGGGCACAAUCAAGGGUUCCUCUUAAACACCUUACAGUAUUUCUGAAGCUCAGCCAGUUAUGGUACCAAGAGUACCUUUGUACUUUGCAUCAUCUUUCAAAAUACUUCUAGUUCCUGUCUGAAGUUGAUAUUGGAAUUUUUUUUUUUAAUAGUAAGCAAUGGACCUGACAUUUCUCUGCUACUCUAGUGAAUUGAAAAUAAACUGGACGAUGAUCAGGGCUAGACACUGUUUUAAUAGCCUGCUUAUCUGCAUUGGGAGACCUGCUUUUUUGUAUGUUUUAUAUAAUAUUUGUUUUGACAAUAAAAUUUUAAGUAUUUAAAAAUG